AGUCGUGAAUAGUUCUCCUCAGUCCUGUUUUUGAUUAAGUUAUAUCUAGUAAAGUUAUAUAAAUUAUGGAACUUAAAACGGGUACCCUAAUUCUAACAGUGUUGUUCCUGACGACAGUGCCCUUACGAAAUGUUGUUUUGGCGCAACUAACCGGUGCUGAUUUCGAACACUCAAUUGUCGUCUCUUCCUUGAUGAAUAACGUAUUUACAACACAAAAUAAGCACAUAAACAUGUUGCCAGGAACCUUGCAUGACGCGGGCAAUAUUACUGCUACACGAUAUAUUGGAUUGAGUAACGUCAACACUAGACUUCUCAACAUUGAUGUCGACUAUGCAAGAAGUCGACUAUACAUUUAUGACUCAAACACGGCUUCUAUAUAUGCAGUGGAAAAUUUUAACUGGAGAGAUUUCUUUUCCAACCUUGCCUUGACUGUAAUUCAUUCUGGUUUAUCAAGGUCUUCAACUCGUAUAUCUGUAGAUUGGGUUUCAAACAAUAUAUAUUGGACGGAUGCUUUAUAUAGUUGGAUUGUAGUUCAGUCUGCAGACAAAGAUGGGGAGUACAAAAUUUUAAUAGAUAAUGACAUUGAAAAGCCAUACGCAUUGGUGGUUGAUCCCAUUAGCAAGUAUAUGUUUUGGAGUGAUAUUGGUCGCAAUGUGAAGAUUGUACGAGCGUCUUUAUCAGGUACUGACCAGGAAGCAAUCAUCACAACUGGGUUGGUGUUUCCGAUAAGUAUUGCCAUUGACCAAGAUGAUAGCCGAUUGGUUUGGGUAGACGCGUCACGUGACACGCUGGAAACGAGUGAUUUUAACGGGACUUCGCGGCGUGUUAUUCGCAGAUUGUCACACACGGAAUUCUAUGACGUUGCAGUGUUUAAGGAUCUGGUGGCUGUAACAGAAUUGACAAAUGGAACUUUAUUAGUGUUCAACAAAAAUACAGGAGAAUUGUUUCAAACUAUCCGGUUGACAGAUGGUGAACCUUUUGUUGCUGUUACACUAUAUACUGCACAAAUUCAACCACCGCAAGUUGGUGAGUUAUACAAUACAAACAACAAAAAUACAGGAGAAUUGUUUCAAACUAUCCGGUUGACAGAUGGUGAACCUUUUGUUGCUGUUACACUAUAUACUGCACAAAUUCAACCACCGCAAGUUGAUGGUUGUUUAAGUUUCGGUUGUAGCGAUAUUUGUAUUAACGAGAAGAAUGGUCCAGUAUGUUUGUGUAAAGAAGGUUAUACUCUCAAUCAAGAUGGCGUUUAUAAAACGUGUUCAGAGGACCUAGGUGCAUACCAUCGUGCGGUUGUGACUUCCAAUGCCAAUAGCAUAUGCUUAAUGGAUUUUCGAACUCUAACUUCUAACGUUAAUGCAGGCACUUCCGACUGCUUUUUAGAAGGUGGAACCGCCAUCUCGCAAUUUGACAUAGAUAUGAAUGAACGCCAGCUAGUGUAUGUUGACGGCAGAGAAAUAAUCAGUGUCAAUAUUCGAGCGAAUCCCGUAAAACGCAGACUGCUAUCAGCUACAGGAACAAUUACAGGUAUUGCCAUCGACUGGCGGGAUAACAACGUGUACUGGUGUAUGGGAGGACUCACGGGUAAAAUCAGCGUGGUUUCACAGGAUACAGGAAUGGCAUACAACUUGAUCGCAACUAAUCUCGCGUACCCGAAACAUCUUAAUAUUGCCCCCUUUCACAGUAUAUACUUCAUUGAUAAUACCCAAGUCAAAAGUUGUGACUUUGAGGGGAAACAAUUGACGACAUUGGCUUCGACAUCAACUUUAAUAUCGCCGAUGCUCGUCCUGUCUUACAAAAAUUUUCUGGUCAUUGUUCCAUUUCAGAAUUUUCUUAUCGUUGCCGACAAUUCUUUCGCUAGCAAUGUUAUAAAGGUUUUUGAAAAGAAAUCUGAACCAGUAUUAAAGUACCAGAUGUCCAACAUUGACUUGGUUUCGUUGACGGACUUUCAUGUGUUAGAUGCAGCACUUCAGUCCGAGCAGCAGGAAGAUUCUGAUGCUUUUAUUGUUGUCUAUGGUGUUGUUUCUGUGGUUGUUGGUGAUGAUGGUAAUGAUGAUGAUGAUAAUGAUGAUAAUUGCGAAGAUGGUGAUUAUUAUGAUGUCUCUUCUCUUGCAGCUCCUAUGACAGACAAUUUUCUCGUGGUUACUGACUGGACACAUAAUACGAUCUAUCAGGUGUCCCUAGUUAACGAUGAGGUCAGAGCUAUUGACACGGACACUUUUGGGAGUCCAAUCGCUAUUGCGUAUAAUUAUAUUACAAGGGAGCUGAUGUGGAGUACCAACGAAUUGAUUCACCAACUAAGUCUUGAAAAUCAUAAUUAUAAAGUUUUCUUUAAUACAGAGUUACUAGGGUGCCAUGCAGAUCGUUUCGCUAUCGACUACCCGAGUGGAAACUUAUACUACACCGCUAACCCCACUUCACUGUCAGGAUUUGUAGGAAUUGGUGUUAUAUCAACUAAUAGUCUUCACAAACGUCUCCUUACUGCUGGAUCAAAGCCAAGAGAUAUUGUUCUCGAUUCAGAAGAAGGACUGAUGUUUUGGACGGACCAUGGGUAUAAUCCUCCCUAUGUAGCAAGAGCAAACAUGGAUGGUACAGACGUUAAGCAAAUCAUUAACAACGGUCUUGUCUGGCCAAAUGGUCUGGCAAUUGAUACAAAAGCUAAUGUACUGUACAUAACCGACGGUCAAACAAACAUUAUAUACAAAUGCUCAUACCAUGGUGUUUGCACGAACCAUUUUUCAGACAGUGGGUCGCAUCUUAUGGAUAUAACAUUACUUGGUGAUUAUAUGUAUUACACAGCUUGGAAUAGACCGUAUAUUUCCAAAUUGUCCAAGACAAACCCUUCAAGUGUUAUUAAAGUUGGUUACAGGCCUGAAUUAGGAAGAUUGGAUUCGCUAGCACUUUAUAGUUCAAUGCUUGACAAAUCACAAUCAGCAGCCUGCUCUGAGAAUAAUGGGCGUGGUCCCUGCAGUACAUUUUGUCUUUCUAAAAAUACCGGAUACACGUGUGCAUGCGAAGACAACGUAGCACUAAGAAGUGAUAGCAUAACAUGUGAAAAUGUUGAACUGCUGACAACAAGAAUAACUACUACUACUGGUCCUACUACUACAACUACUCCUUCAACUACUCCUACUACCACAACUACUACUACUACAACAACUACAACUUCUACUUCAACUACAACUACUACACCUACUACUACAACUACACCUACUUCUACAACUACACCUACUACUACAACUACACCUACUACUACAACUACUACACCUACUACUACAACUACACCUACUACUACAACUACACCUACUACAACUACUACACCUACUACUACAACUACACCUACUACUACAACUACACCUACUACUACAACUACUACACCUACUACUUCAACUACUACACCUACUACUACAACUACACCUACUACUACAACUACUCCUACUACUACAACUACUACACCUACUACUUCAACUACACCUAAUACUUCAACUAAUACACCUACUACUACGACUACACCUUCUACAACAACUUCACCUACUACUACAACUACACCUUCUACUACAACUACACCUACUACUACAACUACACCUACUACUACAACUACUGCUACUACUACAACUACACCUACUACAACAACUACUUCUUCUACUACAACUACUCCUUCUACUCCAACUACUACAACUACCACACCUACUACUACUACAACUACACCUACUACUACAACUACACCUACUACUACAACUAUACCUACUACUACAACUACACCUACUACUACAACUACAUCUACUACUAGAACUACUCCUACUACAGCAACUACUACAGCUACUACUACAACUACACCUACUACUACAACUACAUCUACUACUACAACUACACCUACUACUACAACUUUACCUACUACUACAACUACACCUUCUACAACAACUACUCCUACUACUACAACAACUACACCUACUACUACAACUACACCUACUACUACAACUACACCUACUACUACAGCUACUGCUCCUACUACUACAACUACUUCUAGUAUAAUAACUUCUUCUAGUACACCAUCAGUACUUUCAACUAGUUAUCAAAAAGCAACGUCAUCUGCUUCUGAAGUGCCACUGACUUCGACAAAUUUAAUGGGACCAAUAAUUUUGCCAAAAGCGACCCCGUCAACACCAAGUCCGAAAACGCUACCGGAUGCGGCUAUUUGUGGGGGCAGUGCCGGGUUUGCAGUCCUGAUCAUUGUCAUAAUUGUCCUUGUUUGUGUUAUCCUUAAAAGGCGCAACAAUAAUGGAAACAAAGGCGGUGACAGUGUGAACUAUGAUCAUUUUCCUUCUGACAGCCCAAGUAGACCCGAUUCAACUUAUGAUGUUAUAGGCAGCUUUGAUGAGCCGGAUAAUAAGGAAAAUCAAGAGAGUGAUAACAUGGGCUUGAGUGAGACACAGAAUGAGUAUGAACAGCUAAGCUUCACGAGGAACGAAGUUCCAACAAGCCAGUUUAGACCACCUGCAGUCCCAAACGUUUAUGAAGACAUGAAUGAAUUAACAAUGAUUACAGAUGAACCGCAAGAUGAUUACUUGCAGCCAUCUUAUUUAAAUCCAUGUUUCUCCUCCGAUGAAACUGACUUCAACAACCCAGUUUAUUUAGAUGAAUCUGAUAGAAGUAUUACAAACCCAGACCUUCAAUAGAUCUACAUCAAGCUAAGCAAAUAAUAAAACCUGAAAUCAUAAGUUAUGAGCCUCAGUGCAAGUGAAAAAGAUAUUUGUUCAUAGCUUUUUUGUUACAUGUUAUAUAUGUUAAUUGAUUAGCCUCUUAAGUUCUAGGUACAAGUGCAAAUGUGCAAAUAAUGUGUAUACACUGGAAUAUUACACGUAUUAAAUUGCCUGAAAUCAGUGAAGUAAUUGUUUGAAUCGUCUUGAGGAUAUCUUCAAAGUACUAAAUUGGAUUAAAUCAUGUUGAAGCGGAUAGUUAAUAUGUUAAAAUAAAGAUACUACUAACAGUUAUAAAAGCAAGGGAAUGUUUUUUUUUAUUGUUUUUUACAUUCCCUUACUAUAAAUCUAUUAACAUGUGUUAACUUACUAGGAAAUAAGAUACAGAUUUUGCUUUAUUCUCCAGUAAUACCCAUAAUGGUAAGAACAUAACACUUGACUGCAGACAUUUUAUAUACUUUUUAUUGACAUUUUUAACGUAAAAGCCCUUUCAUCAACGAUAGCAGAGAGGAAGAAUGUAAACAUAAUUAGAACUAUGUAUAGUAUAUUUUAUUAAGCUUUCAAACAAAAAACAUGUAAGAUCAAUGAUUAAAUCAAUAAGUGAAUACAUGAGCUUGAGUAAGAAACAGAAUGAGUAUGAGCAGUUAAACUUCAAGAGGAAGGACGUUCCAAGCCAGUUCAGACCAUCUGCAGUUCCAAAUGCUAUAUAGCCAAGAUUGUGUUCUCUAUGUUAUAAUAUUUGUGUUGUUUUCAAUUAUAUUAUGAUACGAGUGUAACAAUAUACCACCUUAUCAAUGCAAUUAUAGAAAAUGAUUGAAAGGAUGUUAAAAGGAUUGUUACCUUUAACGAUCGGGUCAUAUUUAACUAGGCUGAUAUUCCGUUUUGUUCCUCAAAUUAAAGGUACAUACUACCUCAGGAACAAAUAAAUUGUAUCUGAUUUUGAAGGACCAUCACGAAUCUUGUCACCUGAAGAACAUAUCGAUUAAUGUAAAAUAACUUUAUAAAGUCAUAAAUGUAUCAAAAUAUAAGCAAUGUAUUUUUGAC